CAGUGAUGACCACAACCUCGGUUUGAAGCGGGUGGAGGGGGGAGCACGUGGUAACUUUAGUCCCUUAUAAAUCUCCUGCAGGCCGCCACUGCUGUCCGCUUGGCACGCGUAAAAGACGAGCCGUUCCUCAACUAGAUGGGGUGAGGGAAGACGCGUAAAGCGCACUUCAGUCGCAAAGAAGCCAACCUCCGAGCACCUUUUUACCGCGCUGCUGUGAAAGGAAAUCACAGCUUUUGAGUGGAUUUCUGAGUUUUUGCCACAGCCAAAAACAGCGUGAGUCCCCACUGAACGCCAGGACUGCCUUUAAAAUUUUGUUUUGAUGUUUUUUAACUACUACUUUACUCUGUGAUCUGUCUGGAGAACAGUAAGCAAUGAAUCGCACAUCAAGACGCUGAAGUUCAAGAGACAGAGACCUCGGAGCCCAGAGAAGUCCGGUUGUAGAGCAGAGCCGAGGUCUGAUGCAGUGGAGGUGUGCUCACGGCUGUGCGUCCCGCUGACGAGAACCCCUCCGCUGUUUUUAACUCGUUUCUUUUCAUGCAUAUAUUUCACAUCCGCGCAUCCAGCUCUGUCAACAUUCAGCAGCACCUUUACGCGCACUCGCCGUGCGUUCACCGUCAGCGAGGAACCGAUCUUUUCUCUAGAGACAGUUGAAUGGAUUUUCACGUAUACUUUACUGAAACUGGGGAAUUAGAACCAAACGAUUUUCAAGUAAAAGUUUGGGGCCACUUGGUUCGUGUGCGUAAAUGCUUUCCACUUUGAUUUUUGCCCAAGAAAUGCGUCUGCCUGGCCAUAUUUAAAUCGCCUCAGUCGUUAUUUUCCCGAGUGUUUUUUGUUUGAGAUUUGAAGGAGAAGAUGAACCUGUGUAUCGUAAGUCUGCUCCUUACUUUGGAUUUAGCUACAGUGGCGCUCAGUUUGUCCACAUGCAGCACGUUGGACAUGGAUCAGUUCAAGAAGAAGCGCAUCGAGGCUAUCCGAGGGCAGAUCCUGAGCAAGCUGAAGCUCACUAGUCCACCGGAGGACUUUCCCGAGCCCGAGGAGGUGUCCCGGGACAUUGUCGCCAUAUACAACAGCACCCGGGACCUGCUGCAGGAGAAAGCGAACGAACGGGCGGCGACGUGCGAGCGGCAGCGCAGCGAGGAGGAGUACUACGCCAAGGAGGUGCACAAGAUCGACAUGCAGCCCUUCUACCCGUCCGAGAAUGUCAUCUCUCCGACACACUUCAACCCCUACUUCAGGCGGCUGACAUUUGAUGUGUCCUCUAUGGAGAAGAAUGCGUCCAACCUGGUGAAGGCUGAGCUCAGGAUCUUCCGUCUUCAAAACUCUGGGGCCCGAGUAUCUGAGCAGCGCAUCGAGCUCUAUCAGAUUUUAGGACACAAAGACCUGACAUCCCCAACACAGCGGUAUAUUGACAGCAAGGUGGUACGAACACAAACGGAGGGAGAGUGGCUGUCCUUUGAUGUCACAGAGGCAGUGAGUGAAUGGCUGAACCACAGAGACAGGAACAGCGGAUUCAAGAUCAGCCUGCACUGCCCUUGCUGCACAUUUGUACCAUCAAAUAACUACAUUAUUCCCAACAAGAGUGAGGAGCUGGAGGCACGGUUUGCAGGUAUCGAUGACAGCUUCAUCCAUGGUGGUGACCUGAAGGUGUUUAAGAAGCGGCGGCACAGUGCUCGGGCUCCACACCUUCUCCUCAUGCUGCUUCCUUCAUACCGGCUGGAGUCCCAGUCCCAGCACAAGAAUCAUCGAUCCAAGAGAGCCCUGGAUGCCGCCUACUGCUCCAAAAAUGUUCAGGACAACUGCUGCUUACGGUCACUCUACAUCGAUUUUAAGAAGGACCUGGGCUGGAGGUGGAUCCAUGAGCCGAAGGGAUACGAGGCCAACUUCUGUGCCGGUGCAUGUCCAUAUCUGUGGAGUGCCGAUACCCAGCAUUCCAAGGUGUUAGGCCUGUAUAACACCAUCAACCCUGAAGCAUCAGCAUCACCGUGCUGUGUCUCCCAGGAUCUGGAGCCCCUCACCAUCCUCUACUACAUUGGCAAGACCCCAAAAAUAGAGCAGCUCUCCAAUAUGAAGGUCAAGUCCUGCAAGUGCAGCUAGAAGCCCUUACAAGCCAGCACACUCUCUCCUUCACACACACACACACACACACACACACACACACACACACACACACACACACACAAUGGACUUGGGCGUACAUGCAGUCAACCACAACUGUACUUUUUCAUGCGCUACCAUACUCGCUGCAGUGUGUUCACACAGGCACAGUCAGGAGUGGUGUGUUGAAGAACAGAGGUACAGAAAAAUUCAGCACUAGUUUAGUGCACACACAACAUACAGGACCAGUGCUGUCAUGAUACCAGAAACCUGACUUUGAUACCAGUGCUAAGUGGCAGAAAUACAGAGCAACACUUCAGUAUUCAGUUGGCAUAAGUUCAUGCUGCCUAAAAUGGAUAACAGCAUAGAUGGGACAUUUGUGCAGAGAUUUUUCAUGAAGAACACAAGUCCAGUUUGCAUUUUGUCGUGCGAUGCUUGGCUUUCCAAGCACUUAGGGAUGUAUAGCAGAGGGUUUUAGAUGUUAAUCAUUGCUGUCUUAAAGGGAAAUAGUUCCUCCUGGCAACAAUUUCUAAACCAGAUUAAAUGAAAAAGAUGCAGUACCGUUAUGGGCCACUAGUUACUGGUUUUGAAAAAUCUGACUGUAUUGAAAUUUAUUUUAAAGGUAGAUCCCAACAGAUGAAUCUGACAGUAUUAGCUUAUCGCAGAUAUACUGAGCACAGUAUAGCUGAACUAAACAAACCACUGCUGCACAGAAUUGUCAAAAAUAGGCUUAAAAUCCUGUUAUCAUAUAUUUACAUGCUAGUUUUCUGGGCUUUUUUCUAGCUGUCAAAUGUCCUGCUCAGGACAUAUCAGGGUCACAGUUCUAUAAGUAUGAUGACAUGAUGAGACUUCAGUCUUCAGCUGACCUCAGUUGCUACGGUAAUGGCUCUGGUUAUUGUUUGCAUUUCCUGCAUAUUCCAGUGCACGUUUGUAUUGAAAUGAAAUUUCAGCUGGUAGAACAUAUUUGAUUAUGGCUGUAAAGAAUCUUUUGCAGUGGUAUCAAAGCCAUGCCAAAAUUUGGACUAUUGUGACCCCACUGCACAUAUACUGUAUGCUAUACAUACUGUAUGCUAUACAUCCAUACAUACACAUGCAGUGACACAGAUAUGGCUUUUGUACAGGUAUGUCUUAAGGUAUUUUGAAGGCCCUGUCAACAUGCACCACCUCACACACUUGUUACACCGAGACACGAGAGUAAGGCAAACACUGGAAGUAUAAGUGAUAAGUGUCUAUAUGUGAAAUAAGUCCUGAAAACAACACAGCCCCACCCCAACACCUACCCACCACUUCACCCCCCCUCUGCCCCACCUCACUCCUCCACAGCCUCCACAGUCACACCACAUCCUCAUUUUUUGUGUUUGUCUUUGGUUUGUAUCCUUUGUCAUUUUCUAAAUCUUUUCAUUCCAUUCUAGAGAACACAUUCACGGUCAUGGUUUAUCCCCCUAGAGAAGUGGAUAGCAUCAAACUCGCACUGAUGAUAUAUAACAGCUACUCCAUUUUAUAAUUUACAGAUGUUGGAAAAUGGUUACUUUUGAUAAAUGAGUGAAAAACCCACCAUACAAGAAAACAAAUACAUCAUAUGGAUCCAUAGCUCCUUAAUGGAUAAUUCUGGUUUAUAAUAACAAUUGUCUUAUUUUUGUAAUUUGCCAUCAUUUCUGUUAAAUAUUGGAAAGAUGUAAAACCUACAUUUCUGAACCAUUUGGAAUUACCUGGAUUUCUGCAUAAAUUUGUCAUAAAAUGUGAUGUGAUCUCCAUCUAAGUCUAAGAGUAUUGACAAAUAUAUUGUGCUUAAAAUAUUAACAAAAAAAAUUCUGAUCAUUCAUGUCUUUAUUAAACACACUCAUUCAACAUUCAAAAGUAAGUGAACCCUUGGAAUUAAUAACAGGUUGACCCCCCCUUGGCAGCAGUAACCUCAAUCAGGCGCUUCCUGUAGCAGUGGAUCAUUUUGCCAAUUCCACUGUGGAGUGUCAAUGUGCUCUUUUGCAAACUUCAGGUAUGCAGUGAUGUUCUUAGUAAGCAGUGGCUUCCUUCAUGGUGCCCUGCCAUAGACACCCUGCUUGUUCAAUGUUCUACAUACUGUAGACUCAUGAACACAGAUGUUAGUCAGUUCCUAUGAUGCCUUCAAAUCUUUGGCUGUCACUCUGGGUUGUUUCUUUACCUCACUGAUGAGUCUUUGUUGUGCUCUUGGGGUCAUUUUGACUGGACACCCACUUCUUGGUAGAGUAGCCACAGUCCCAAAGUGUCUCCAUUUAUAGAUCAUUUUCCUAACAGUAGACUGGGUGAAUUUCUAAAGUCUUUGAAAUUGCUUUGUAACCCUUUCCAGCUGUAAUCCUUCAGUCAUUCUUUUCUGUUUCUUUAAUUAAAAAAAAUGCACUGAUGCUGUUUUAGUUUUCUAUUUUAAAAUACCUAGUUUUCUUAGUUAGUCCCAAUUCCCCCCUUAAUAGAUAAGAAAGCUCUUUUUGGUGAGGCAUGGCUCACAUAAGCAUAUUCUUCUUGUGCGGUGCAAAUGUUUGAGUGUUUUUCAUCAGUCAAAGUAGCUCUAGUCCACACCUCCAAACUCAUUUUCUUAACAAGAUUCCAGGAAUGCUACCACCUGAGUCCAAUUAGCUUUUUUGAGGUCAUUAACUCAAGGGUUCACAUACUUUUUCCACUAGCACUAUGAGGUUUUUAUGGUUGUCCUAAAUAAAGACAUGAAAGAUCAGAAUUUUUUUCUGUUAUUAUUUUAGGCACAUUAUAUUUGUCAGUACUCUUAGCUUAGAUGAAGAUCAGAUCACAUUUUAUGACAAAUUUAUAAUUUAGAAAUCCAGGUAAUUCCAAAGGGUUCACAUACUUACUUAGGGUUCACAUACUGUGUGUGUGUGUGUGUGUGUGUGUGAGUGAGUGAGUGAGUGCGUGAGUGAGUGUGUGUUUAGCAGCCUUUAACAAAAACACACACUUCCCAUAGGUUUGAGGUGUUUGUGGGUUAAACAUUGGUAGCUGGACAGAGGAGACUAGGUUCAUACCAAACUGUGCAGACAUUUCUGAGACAGCAGAGAUUUCCUAGAAGAAUAUCACAGAGAAGGGACAGCAACGUGUCCGGCCAGCUGGUGAUUUCAGACUCAAUAUUUAAAUGGGAGCCACACUCAAACAAUAGUUUGAAUUUUGAGUAAAAGUGGCAGAAUAAGCUUGAUGUUGUUGGAAUGACAAACAUAAUAAGCGUAUUGUAAUAAACCAGAAUUAUCCCUCGAACAUCAUGAACGUACAGAUUACUGCUGUGAAGAGAGGCGUCCUCCAUGUCCCAUUUACGGUGCACUGGCCGUGCCUUCCACACAGAGAGAACACAUAAAGACAUGAUAACAUUUCAUAAGCCUAAGAAUUACAGCGCUGUCAUCUCAAAUGCUCAAAUGUGUAUGCAUGGCCACACAUUCAGUUCACACUAGCUGAAGGUUGUGGAUUCAAAGAAAGGAGUUGUGGUCUCUUGGUAAGUGAUGAUGGAGCUACGCUUGGGGAAACACUGCUGGCGAUUAGAGUGAUGAAAGAUUACAGAAGGUGUUAAUGAAGAGUAGAUAAGAGCUUCGCUAAAGGCUCUUGGAGCCAAAAAUAAUACAAAAUGUAUCCAGCCAUCUAUGGCCACCUGUAUCGCUCUGUAGUAGUGUUUUGUAGUGUCAUCAGUGUGUCGUCUUGCUGCCAACAGAAAACUUUUAUUUCACCCACAAACCUGCAGAAGCUGUCUGUCAGUCAUUCUUUUCUGUUUCUUUAAUUAAAAAAACAAA